AUGUCUGGAGCUGUAAGCAUUUAUAGUAAUUGGGUGUUGCGUGGAACGAUCGAAGGUACCAAUGACCACUCAGCCCAGAAGCAACUGGCGUGCAAUAAUUAUAUGCAUAUGUUGAAUGGCAACAUAUCUCCUGCCCAUUUCUCGCUUCAUCUGAGAGGAGAUGCGGGACAAGACCUUGGAGUUAAGGUUAUUCUCAUGCCCGAGAAAGUCGCUCUGUCUGAUGCUGUCGUGUCCGCGAUGCAAAAUCCAUGCGGCCUUGGUGAUAAUCAAAUAGUCGAACAACGUAGUAGAAUUGUUACCGCAAUCCCAGAGCGUCAGCUCCUCCAAACUCUCAAACGAUUUGCUUGUGGAAAGGAAGACAUUCAUGUUGUUGAUCAGUAUAGUGCCUACAAGUUGUGGCUGUCAACCAUGCCAAACCCAGCUGCUCUGAUACCGCCGCCGACCGAUGAGUCUCGGCCAGUAACUGGAAAUAUGACAGUUCGUAGGUUGAAUGCGGCGGAAGGAAGUUUGAAGUCUUGCCUUGUUUGGCAACGAGAGUAUGAGGACUACACCUGGAUACUUCCUGAUUUCAAGAUACAAACAACUGCUAAUCUGCAAAUUGUCGAGGUCGUUAAGAAAUCCCUCAUGCAAAGUGAAGUAUUAGAUCUUUUUAGAGUUAGAUCUUUUCUGCUGGCUGACUCAAACGGAUGGAUGUUCCAACCCAUAUUGGAUUUCUUCGGUUUACUCGAAACUCAAGGAGUGUUAUCCUUUGAUGGAACAAUGGUUGGAACAGCGGCAAUUGAAGAUAAACGACUACGGAUGAUAGCGGCCGCUGAUGGCUUGCACUGGCUUUACGCUGCUCGAGAGUUGGGGUUGAUGCAAGUGGUCGAUCUACCUAGAGCCUGUGAUGACGUGUUCCCCCAUCCCGAUGCGACUGCUAUUGAGGUGGGAAACAUUCAGGAGGAAACGAAUAGGCGCAUAGGAGUGUAUGUACGAGCGUUGACGACUGGCAGGUUGACUUUUGGCACCAAGGAGAAGAUGAAUGUUGAAUCACACGUCACCUCAGGAAGUGAAAUGUUGCGAAAAUAUGCAGAUGUCUUUGCUGAGCUUGGACGAUGUAAAAAAGAUGGUGAAGUGGUUGUCCACUUUGUUGAGACCUCUGAUGAAUGUGCCCUCGAUGACUAUGAUCGGAUGAAGCUUGUCAACAAAGAUUGUCAUCCAAUUGCCGGUCUGGGUAAGGGGAAGAACCAGGAGGCUAGACGCCUCGAUUGUUGCGAGUGGUCUGCUCUUGACUACGUCGUCAUCAAGGAAGGGCGCGUUGCUGCUUUUCAGAUAGAGUACAACACUCUCGCCUAUGAAAGGUUCUCAAUCGGUGUCUGUUGGAAAGCUAUUACAAGCGAAAGGUACUUCUGUGAUUAUUGUCCGUCUGUGCCCGGUACUGCGAUCCCUAUUAUUUCCCAAACAUCAGUCAUUCCACCCACCAGUCUAGUCAGCGAAGUUGCCUUGACAGCCAAGGGCAGCGAACAUAUUUCGGAACAACUUGGUCCUUCUGGCACAGGUUGUCAGACGCCAAGUGCUACGCAAAAACAUAGGGACUACUCCUCAAUCCAUUCCAAGUCGGCCUCAUCACGAACCACAGACGUCGGUGUCAGUUCGACCGCAAAAAUGGAUGAUAUAUCAACUCCCAGGGAGACAGCUAUAGCGAAAAGUGUCGCCGGUCAUAUCGCCGAGGCUAUUCUGUAUAUUAUUUAUGCCACUUAUAUUCAGUCAACUCAGAAGAUAGAUUAA